UUGGAGAACUGCUUCGCAAAAUUCAGAAGGUUGCGGAUUUUGAACUCUAGUCUGCAUGUGGUUUUGCAAAGUGCAAAUCAGAUCGGCUGGCAUUGAAAUUUCUCCCCAUCCCUAAUACCCACGGUUGUUAUUUAACCCUAUCUGAGUGUGCCAGGCUAUAAAUGGCCACCUACAAAAAGCACUUUUGUGUUUUGCUAAUGCCCUGUCUAUCCCCUCAGAUUGGGUGCGUGGGGAAUGGCUGUGUCUCCCGUGACGCUGUUGCUGCCACUGCCGCUGCUGCUGCUUGUUCUGUUCAGCGAUACCACCAAAGGACAGCGAGACCCAGAGCUGUUCUGUGGAGCUUGCAAGGCCCUUGCUGACGAGCUGGCCUACGACAUCAAGAAAAUAGGUCCAAAGAGGACUGUGAAUUCGGGGACAUUUCGGCUCAACCCUGAUGGCACGAGAGGGAAGAAAAAGGUUGCUUUUACAAAGUCAGAGACCUUCUUAACAGACGUUUUGGAAAAGAUAUGUGAUCGGAUGAACGACUAUCAACUUCAAGACGACCCAGUCACUAACAAAAAGAUAUUCAAGAGAUAUGCUCCUAGGAAGGAUGAGCCAAUCUACGCAGAAUAUAAAAAAUACUUUUUUUAUUCUGAUGCUUAUAAGCCCUUGAAAUAUGCGUGCGAAACUAUCAUAGAACAGUAUGAAGAUGAAAUAUACUCACUUAUCGCCCAGGAGGCAGACUUUCUGGCUGACAAGCUGUGCAUUGAAAAAUCAGGUCUUUGUCCCAACCCCGAGAUGCACAGUGAACUCUAGAACUGCAGUUCUGCUGCUAUUACAGAUGAAGAACGUCAAGUGAAAUAUCCCUACAAUUUCUGCCUUCCAUUAACCCUUAUCUUUGUUUAUGGUGGGUGUUUUUUUUAAAGGACAUCCACCUUGAUACUGAUAAUUUAAAGUUGCCAUAUGCACCAUUUAUUGAAGACACUGGACUGGGACCUCCUUAACUAGAAUGGUCAGUGGUGAAAAUUAUUCCCAAGACUGUUGUGUCAUUCAUGCUCUUUUUCAAGAACCCCAAUGCCUCGUAGUAAGAGAAUUUGUUAGCUCAUUGGUAGAAUGGUAAUUCUUGAUUAACAGAAGAUGGCCACAUGGAUUGAAGCAAAAUUAUGGUGGUGUGUGUUGUUAAUAUCUUGUUUUAGCCGGUGUGGUUUUUCCAAGUCAUUGUGAA